UCGGGCCCGCCGUGGGGCCGCCGCUCGCUGACCGGGUGCUGCUGCUCCCAGAUCUACUUGGGUAGAAGUCCUAACCAGGACUUUUGUGGCAUUAUACUUCUGUAUAUUUUGAAACACACUUUAUAGAAAGCAAAUGAGGAAUAUUUAAACUACGAGUGAAGGACACACACUCAAAUCUCUUGUCGUCUUGUGUUUUUUUACAUCGUUCUGUAUGGAGCAGUUCAAGAUCAUUUUUUAAAAAAGCUUAGUUCUCCUUACUAGAUGUCUUCCUGCCUCUCAGUUUCCCAACUGCACCUGGAUCUUCUACCACUUACUGCCCCUCUUCCUUUCAUCACUCUGCAUCCUGUUUCCUCCUCCUGUAUGGCCUCACAAGUCUUGGUUUACCCACCAUAUGUUUAUCAAACCCAGUCAAGUGCCUUCUGUAGUGUGAAGAAACUUAAAGUAGAGCCAAGCAGUUGUGUGUACCACGAAAGAACCUACCCACGGAUCUAUGUGAAUGGUAAAAACUUUGGAAUUACUCAGACUCCCAACAUAGUUAGUACUUACUUUCAGACUAAGAACCCAUUUGACAGACCUCGAGGACAGAACUUUUUGUUGCAGUCAAGUGCUGUUGCUUUAAAAAAUACUGCAGGUGCUACAAAGGUAUUAGCAGCGCGGGCGCAGCAACCUCAAGUGGAGGCACCUCAGGCCAGGACACAGGGAAGCGGGUUAGAUUUACAGGACGGACCCCAGCGAUGUGGAUUGAAGCGUAAGAGUGAAGAGUUGGAUAAUCAAAGCGCGAUGCAGAUUGUUGACGAGCUGUCCAUAUUGCCUGCAAUGUUGCAAACGAGUGUGGGAAACCCAGUGACAGUUGUGACAACUACUGCAACUUCGAAACAGAGUGGUACCAGUGGAGAUGGAGAUUAUCAGUUAGUACAGCAUGAGGUGUUGUGCUCAGUGAAAAACACUUAUGAGGUCCUUGAUUUCCUUGGGCGAGGAACCUUUGGACAAGUAGUAAAGUGUUGGAAAAGAGGGACAAAUGAAAUUGUGGCAAUCAAAAUACUGAAGAAUCAUCCUUCUUAUGCACGCCAAGGGCAAAUAGAAGUGAGCAUAUUAGCAAGACUGAGUACUGAAAAUGCAGAUGAAUUUAAUUUUGUGAAAGCUUAUGAAUGUUUUCAGCAUCGUAACCAUACUUGUCUGGUUUUUGAAAUGUUGGAACAGAAUUUAUAUGACUUUUUGAAACAAAACAAAUUCAGCCCUCUCCAACUGAAAGUAAUACGGCCUAUACUGCAACAGGUAGCCACUGCACUGAAAAAACUAAAAAGUCUUGGUUUAAUUCAUGCUGACCUCAAACCGGAGAACAUUAUGUUGGUGGAUCCUGUCCGGCAGCCAUACAGGGUUAAAGUAAUAGAUUUUGGGUCUGCCAGCCAUGUAUCAAAGACUGUUUGUUCAACCUAUUUACAGUCUCGGUAUUAUAGAGCACCAGAGAUUAUACUGGGGUUGCCGUUUUGUGAAGCCAUAGACAUGUGGUCACUGGGGUGUGUGAUUGCAGAGCUGUUCCUUGGAUGGCCACUGUACCCAGGAGCACUGGAAUAUGACCAGAUUCGUUACAUUUCACAGACUCAAGGUUUGCCGGGAGAACAAUUGUUAAAUGUGGGAACGAAAACUACAAGAUUCUUCUGUAGAGAAACAGAUGCACCAUAUUCGGGAUGGAGGUUAAAGACACUGGAAGAACAUGAGGCAGAGACGGGAAUGAAGUCUAAAGAGGCCAGAAAGUAUAUUUUCAACAGUUUGGAUGAUAUAGUGCAUGUGAACACGAUGAUGGAUUUGGAAGGAAGUGAUCUGUUGGCAGAGAAGGCAGAUAGAAGAGAAUUUGUCAGUCUGUUGAAGAAAAUGUUGCUGAUUGACGCUGAUUUAAGAAUCACUCCAGCUGAGACAUUGAACCAUCCCUUUGUUACCAUGAAGCACCUCCUAGAUUUUCCUCAUAGCAACCAAGUGAAGUCAUGUUUUCAUAUCAUGGAUGUGUGCAAAUGCAGAUCAAAUUCAUAUGACAUAAAUAAUCGCAAUAAGUCAUCACUUAUGAGACCAGUUGCCUCAUGCAGUGCAGCAAAUCUGACUGCAAACUUCACCAAAAUUUGCCCAGUAAGGAGUCAGGCAUUAACUGCAUCUGCUCAUUCAGUUUUGCACCACGGAAUACCACUGCAGGCAGGAACUGCUCAAUUUGGUUGCAAUGAUGCUUUUCAUCAGACACUGAUUAUAUGUCCCCCAGCUAUCCAAGGAAUUCCUAGAAACCAUGGCAAACCCACUAGCUUCUCAGUAAGGGUAGAUAAUGCUGUUCCUUUGGUAACACAGGCACCUGCAAUUCAGCCCUUACAGAUACGAGCAGGAAUCCUUUCUCAGCAGACGUGGUCUAAUCGAACUCAGCAAAUAUUGGUUCCAGCUUGGCAACAGGUAGCUUCUGUGGCUGCUUCUACUACAGCUCUAGCCUCUGAUCCUGUGGCUGGUCCACAAAGGCUUGGAGACUGGGGGAAAGUGAUUACUCAUGGCAACCAUUAUAAUUCAGUAAUCCCACAGCCUUUAUUAACCAAUCAAAUAACUUUGUCUGCCACUCAGCCAAUUAGUGUGGGAAUUGCACAUGUUGUCUGGCCUCAGCCUGUGGCUACCAAGAGAAAUAAACUGUGUCAGAACAGGAGUAAUGCAUUACAAAAUACCAAUAUUCAAAAUUCAGCAUUUAUAUCUCCAAAGAUAAUUAAUGUGAAGGCUGUCAAGAGAGUAAGUUGUAUAGAAGCACAGGACAAUCAUAACUCAGAAGGACAGGAAAGGAACUGUUGUGAAACAUCUGUCAGGCAGGACCCUGAUUCAUCUAUUUCAAACAAACAGCGCCAGGCUAUCAUCAUUGCAGAUUCCCCGAGUCCAGCAGUCAGUGUGAUAACCAUCAGUAGUGACACAGAUGAAGAAGACACAGGACAAAGACAUUCACUAAGAGAAUGUAAAGGUAGCUUAGAUUGUGAAGCCUGCCAGAGUACUCUGAAUAUUGACCGGGUGUGUUCAUUAAGCAGUCCUGACAGCACUUUGAGCACUAGCUCCUCUGGACAGUCUAGUCCAUCUCCUUGCAAGAGACCCAACAGUAUGUCAGAUGAUGAACAAGAGAGUGGCUGUGAUACUGUGGAUGGCUCCCCAGCCUCUGAUUGUUCAGGACAUGACAGCCCAUUUGUAGAAAGCAGUUUUGUAGACAACGCCAAUCAAAAUACGGAAACAAGAGCCUCAGUUAACCCAGAAACCAAACCAGCUGUCUGUAAUGUUGUGGUGCCACCAAUGAGAAUAGAAAACAGAUUAAAUUUAGAUGAGCAGAUGGUAAAUACAGAUGCCCCAUGCCAGCCUCUUAUAAAAGGUCGAUCUGCCUUGGGAAAAAUAAACCAGCCUUCUGCUAUUGGGAACCGUCAGCAAAAGCUGGCAUCAGCAUUCCAGCAGCAACAUAUAAACUUCAGUCAGGUUCAGCACUUUGGAUCUGGGCCUCAAGAGUGGAAUGGAAACUAUGGUCAUCGAAGACAGCAGGCAUACAUCCCAGCUAGUGUUGCCAGUCAUCCAUUUUCCCUUCCACAUGGAAGUCCAAAUCACACUACAGUGCAUGCGCAUUUAUCUGGAAGUACACACCUUGGAGGACAGCCUGCUAUUCUUCCGUAUCCACCAACUGCACCACUUAGUACUGCUGCACCUGUAGCCCACCUUUUAGCCUCACCAUGUACCUCAAGACCUAUACUACAGCAUCCAACGUACAGUAUAUCUCAUCCCAGUGGCAUAGUUCACCAAGUCCCAGUGGGCAUAAAUCCUCGUCUUUUACCUUCCCCAACCAUUCAUCAGACUCAAUACAAACCAAUUUUCCCACCACAUUCUUACUUUGCAGCAUCACCUGCUUAUACAGGAUUUCCAUUGAGUCCAACAAAACUCAGCCAGUAUCCGUUUAUGUGAGAAUUCAAGUACAGUAUGUUGAGGAAGCUCAAUGAUACAAACAUUUGAUUUGAGAAGAAACAUGGUAUUUAAUAAAUAUUAGCCAUGGCACAACAAGAAAAUUAUUUUUUGAAUCAUGUAGACUUGGGUGCAAUUUAAACAACCUUGAGCUUUAAAAAAUCUCACUUUUAAUGUGUUUUGCACAUUUGGUAUAACUUGUCUUUGGUCAUGUUAUCUUCUUAUAUAGUAACUCUAGACAGGUGAAUUGUGGGAGCAGAAAUCUGGUUUUGCUCCUGCUAUUUUUUAUAAAAUUGCCUUCUAACUAGUGCAAGACACGUCUACAUUUGGGAAGCCAUUCAGUGUACAGAUCUAGAGCAACAGAUGCACAUAUGUCAGCAGUACAGUGUACAAGUAAAUUGUUUGUAUUAUGUAUCUUGGUGUUUAAAUGUUGAGUCACUUAUCUAAAAAGUUGAGCUGUUGUUCUUCACAUUGCAUGUGUCUUUUGCAUGGGCAAAAACAAAUUGCCUAAACAUUGCUCUUAAAUGUUGUUCUAAUAAUCUCAGCUGCAUUGUAAACCGUUUCCACACAUAGUGCCUUAAAUAUUUGAGGUUGUUAAUGUUAUUACUUAUAUAUAAAUGUUGAGGACUGCAGCACUUAAAAUUCAGAUCUGCUGAUUUUUUUUUGAUAGAGUAAUGCUCAUUUUGGGUUUUGUGUGGUAUGAUUUUAGUAUUGGGUGUUUUUCCUUAUCAAAAGGGCAGCAUGUUUUGCUGUAGCUGAAUUCUGCUGUCUUAUUUUUCAGAAUGAUCUAGCUUCAAGAGAAGAAUUUAGUAGUGCUUAAGAGAAGUUGAUUCAGUAGCUAUUGAGUGUGACAGACACAAUACAGUAUUUUAUACUGUUAAAUGGAACUGCAAUACAAUCUAAGUAGUUUAUUUUCAAAGUGUUUUUGUCUAAUUGGAUUUAAUAACUUGUUUAGAGGUGUAGUAGGCAUGACUUUGACUAGAUUUUGAAAGAAAAAAGCAAAAUGCUCAUUGAUUCAUGAUGUGGUUUCAUCUUAGCUUGAGCAAACCAUGCAGUAUUUAAUAGUAGCAGAAUAUUUACUAUUGAAGCUUGAAAAGAUGCGAGUUCUUUGUGUGCAAUUUUCAUUUAUGCAUGGGAGAGAUUUUAGCCUUUUUACAUUAUAGCAUUUGUUUUAGCCUGUUUGGGGGUGUUUGCUUAUUUAAUACAUUCCGUCAGGGACGUAAAUUACAUGCUUUUUGCGUUUUUUUUCUAGAAAGUGUGUCUUUUUUGUUUUUUGUUUUGUUCAAAUGAAGUUGCUUUUGCAGCACCAAAGACUUAAUCAUCCAUUUCCUAUAAAAGGUAGCUACUUUUUUCAUAGACCUCAAGUAUACUGUAGUGUAGAGAUGGGAUUUGAAGAAGGUAUUAAACUGAGGCUGUGUUUUAGCUUAUGGGCAAGUAAUAAAUUGUAUCAUUUAUCUUGAAUGUAUCAUAGAUAAGCUGCUAUAUAAUGAUUGCCACUUCAGAUAGCUGUGAAAUUAGGUGAUUAACUAGUUCUUUCUUAGUCUUCUAAUUUCUGUAUACGUCUAAUUACAUGAAAUAGAAGCUGGGGUUUUGAUUUUUGUUUUGCUUUCAUAUUUGGAGUGUCGUAACUACUAUAUUGUAAAUGAUGGAAGAUAACUGCAUAUGUUAUUUUGGGGUGUGUUAUUUGCAUCAGUAUUUUAUCUCCAUUAACUCUGAGCUCAUCACUGCAUAUAAGUGGAUGUAUCAAUGUAACUUAAUUUUUUAUGUUUUCAUAAUGGCAUUGUGUAGACACUUAAGAAGCUGUAUCUUGCAGGCUUGACUUAACUUUUUUUUAAACAAAAAAUCUGGAAUACAAUCUCUGCAGCAUCGACUGGAACAAGAGUGCAAAGCAUUUGAAUUUAACUCUGUCAAUAAGCUAAUAACUGGUAGGCUUUUUCUUUACUACACUAAUGCAAGCAGUGUUUUAUUUAAUGAAUGUCUGAGUGAAAUAAAUGUGCCUACAUUUGAUUUACUUUUUAAAUAAUAAAAGCUGAAAUCCAACAGUAUUAGAUCAUAAAACCAAUACCAGCAGUACAUUUUUAAUCACACUGAAAAUGAAGAAACCUAGUUAUUCCCACAAAUUUCAGUGUUUUUAGGAAUCAACUCUAUGCAUUUUAUAUAAGUAUAAAUGUAUAUACAAAGUAUCCACUAGAAAUUAAGGGUAGCCUGAUUAAUUUGAAAUCUUAUAUAAAGCCUAAGUAUAUUGAGUCAAGAAAAUACUUAAGUAAAUUGGACAUACACAUUAACACUUCAGACUUUUACUAUAUGGUCCAACAGAUCCUGUCUUAUGUUAAUUUCUUGGUGUUGGGAAUUGAGUUUUCUUGGUGCUCAAUUCAUUGCAGGCAAUGGAUGCACCAGGAACCACCAGCACAAAAGGAUUAAUUGACUUGUGUAUCAUGAUAACAAACAAUAUUGUGUUAUCUCUGUUUGGGGCCAUUGCAAUCGUCAUUGCUGUAAUGCAUUUCAUUUUCUUUCCCUGUGCUUAGGAGGAAAAGCUAAUGUGCUUGUUAAAUUGAAACAUUUACCUGUAUGCCACAAUAUUAUAACACACAAAAAAAAUUGCUGUAGUGUGCCCCAAAUUAAGCCUGCUGCUCUGAUAUACUGUAUUAUUAGAAAUGUAUUUGCAUUUCAGAGAACAAAGCAUUUAAGAUUCUACCACAACUAAAUUCAGAGUAAUGACAAGUGGCCCAGAUCCUACAGUAUGCUCUAAGAAAGGGGACUCUUGCAUCUGUGAAGAGCCCAGUUGAUGUUACUGUGACUUUGUGUGGGUGCCUGGGGCCAUCUGUCUAGAAAUGUUUUCAGGAUUGCUGAAAAGGUACCCAGCAAAGGAGCAUUUAUACAUUUUAUUGUUUUAAUGCCUUUUAAAUAAAACACUGCAUGAGUACGGAGGUGCAUACUUGCAUACUACUUUAAUUUGCAAAUUAUUUUUAUAUGAAUUCCUUGUAUUCUGUUUUAACUUUAAUUCAGGGUGUUUUAUUAAUCAAUUAUGCUACUGUAUUUACAUUUUUUUGGAUUAAUUUUUAAAGUUUCUGUACUUACUGCUAAUUUUAACUUGGUUUGUGUUAAGUAAAAGUUAAAUCACACUGCAAGCUGUAGGAAGGUUUGUUUUAGAAAUACCCAAUGAUAUAGACUUGAUUAUUAAGUUUGAACUGUUUCUGUUUAAUGAUUUGUAGAUUUGUGGCUUUUUUUUUGCUUUUGAUUUCUAAGCUACACUAGUUUGCCAUGUAGCAAUUGCACUGUGCAAUAUUACAAUAUGAGGACUGGGAAAAAUUUUUAUGGAUGUAAUGUCUCUUACAGUUUGCGAUAGUAUUUCUCUCUAGUUCUCAGUGAUUUAAAUGUGACCAAGCCUUCUGUACUUUGUCACAAAAAGCGGGUUUUCCAGGUGACUAUUUUGGUGAGUGUCAAAAUAAGAAUUUAUGGUGUAUUACUGUCGAGAUUCACUUUGAAUUAAAAUAUAUAUUGCAGCAAA